CAUCGGAGAAGGAGAGCAUCUUGCUCGAUAUAUAAGACAUGAGGCAAAUACCGCUAAAGAUGGUCACUCUAGCUAGCUCAAACCCGCAUGCAAUUCAAGUCUUCGAAUUCUACCGCCCUUCGGAAACUCAUUAACCAUCAUCAUGCGUGUCUCUACGGCUCUCGCCACCUUCUUCCUCUCCUUUUCCCUUGCGUCACCAUCUGCUAGCCAUGGCGGCCCCGGCGGACCAGACAGGGAUAUCCAGCCGGACGUCUACGAAGCCAUCCACCAGAGGGAGUCUAUCCUAGCCCUGACCCUGGACACCAAGGAUUGGGCUCACCUCGGCGACUCUGUGACCAAGGACGUCGUCUAUGACAGCCGUCCCCUGGGUCCCGACUAUGGUGGGCUCUCCGUGGGUCUGGAGCAGCUCAUCCAAAACAGCAAAGCUGCAUUUGGGAACGCCAGGGUCGGACACCACGUCUCCAACGCCGUCAUCAAGUUGAACAGGGACGCAACCCAGGCCAAUGUCACCACCUACAUCGUCUACUCUCGAUGGGACCUCAGUGCCCCCCACGACGUCAAAAAGUCCUUCCGGAUCUUCGAGAGGUGUGACGACGUAUUCGUGGUUGAUGACGGAACCUGGAAGUUGAAGCACAGUCUGGUCACCAACUUGGCGCCAGGGGCCGAAGCCCUCAACCUCGACGCUGGGCGCAAGCAUAAUUAG